GCCGCUAGUAGGUUGGAGGCCAUUGCUACUAGAAGCUCUGCAUCUUUCACGUAGCAGAUUCAACCCACUGGCAUGAGCUUCUUCGCUGCGGGCAGCUCGGUCGAAGGGACAGAUGCACUGUGUCAUCACUCAGGCUUUUGGGGGACUGCUGGGUGUUUGAUCUAUGAAACUGCUUGGCUCCUGCGAGAUAUUGUCUCUUUUCUCCCAGAGCUUGGAGAUUUCGCAUUCUCAUCAGUGACAUCUUGGAGUUCUUUCAUGAACAGCUUGGAACUUUACAUGCGUCAGAAAGGUGCCGAAUUCUUGAAGCUUCAUCCAGAAUAUGCCCAGCUGCUGCCAGAUUCCUUCAGUGUUUUUUCACUCCUGAUGUGGCUUUUGGCACUGUCCUUCCUCUUUGGGCACAUCUUCCUGGCGCUGCGAAGCCGCCUCCGGUGCAACCCCGAAGUGUUGUUCUUCCCGGAUAGCUCUGGGGUUCAUGUACGGCACAUUUGUCACAUGCUCCGGUCUGCGCGAAGGAGGAUGUGGAUUGCCAUGUUCACUCUCACAGAUGAUGUGCUGAGUCAAGAGAUCUUGAAUGCAUGGGCACGAAAUGUGGACGUGAAGGUGAUCUUGGAUGAUGAGCAAUGUCAUGCCCUCGGAUCGGAUGCCUCCAAAUUGUCCCAGUUUGGAGUGCCCUUGCUACUGGACUCGUCUCCGGCAAGGAUGCACCACAAGUUCGCCGUUCUGGAUGAUUGCGUCUUGACUGGGAGCUUUAACUGGACAAAGCAAGCCAGUAUGAGCAACUGGGAAAACUUGUGUAUUCUUCGAGAGCCAGCGGCAGUGAAGCCCUUUGCACGUGAAUUUCAAUCUCUUUGGCAUGACUUCACGAGAAGGGAGCAGAGUUUCCCAACCCGGAAGCGAGACGGGACCCCUCCCAGAAGAUGAAGCGCUGAAUUAGAUGAGUUAGAGAAUGACUAUUUUAAUGUCCAUAUGGUCUGGUCACAACAGCCAAUGAUAUGAGAUGUGAGAACUUUGUUGUACCUUUGACAGCUGGGCAAUCUCAGCAAAGCUGCACUUGCCUAACUGAACCUCCAAGUUUCCCAGUGCGGAAUGUGAGGAGAGCAAGAAA